AUGUGGGGUCAAGGUGAGUUAAGGGACCUGCAAUGCAACUCUAAGAUACCACACAAAUUAAUUUAACUGCCGUUUUUAAGUUUUAAUCACUCAUUGUUCCUGCUUACUUUCAGUAGAUGUGUUGUGCAGUUCGAUGUGUUUUCCCAAAGGAUACAACAGAGGCUCAGAUAUGGGAAGUGAAUACAGGUACAACCAGUCCCCAGGUGGAUUCACCACCUCCCAGUCAGGACAGAAGACAACCACAGUGUUUCUUUUAACCCUGACGCCAUCACAUAACCCAUAACUGCUUACUGCACAACGACACAAUGUUGUCUUGGAAUGCAUUGAGCUAGCAUUCCUAUCUUAGAAAGUAGAUGACCUUUAGUGUACCAAAAUGUGAUGCUUCUCCAUUGACCUGCUGUGACAGAGGUCAGCCAUCCAGAUGAUGCCAUGUCUCAGCUGCUGUCUGCCACAUUUGCCAGGGAAGUCUUCGGCGUUGGCGACGUCGAGGUCAACCAGGUGAGUGUUUCUGUUCCCCCAGGUGAGGGUCCCUGUUCGUAGAGAAAGCUAGAGCCCUUUCUCAGUAGGUUCUAUAUCAUGUUUAUCCACCUUUUUCACCAUGAAAUACCUGGUCACACACAAACUGUUUUGGCAGUGUUGCAUUGAUUGAACUGUGUGUUUGUGUGUUGCGCGCAUAUGCAUCCACCCACACACACACCUGUCUGUAUUUGAUUUCUGGAUGAAUGUAUCUGUGGUGGGUAUCAUCAGGAGAACGGAUCCCUCAGUAACCAAUGUCCUGUACUCUGUGGACGACGUGACUGGACCACCGUUGGACGUGAAGCUAUGGGUGUACACUGCGGUAAGUGGAUAGUUAUAGGUCUUCGUCCACAAAUGUCUCAAAUGAAAAAUAGGGCAUCACCAAGUUCUUCUCUAUUUUCUAAUACAUGCAUAGCAGAUAAUAUACUGAAUAUUUGUCUUACAGGAUCCUUGUGUGGACAGUACUUUUGUUCCCCCAGGGACUUAUGUCAAAGUCUCUGGAAGUCUGCGCAUCAUUCAGGUAAAUGUAUUCCAUUCAGUACUUUGAGUCUAGUAUUUAUAUGCAUGAUUAUGGCACAUUUUUGUCCCCCUUUAUGUACCUCCUGCCAGGGCCAAAGGUCAUUGGUGGCUUUCAACCUCUUGCCUUGUGGACCUGAAUGAGUUGAGUUUGAGAGGCCUAGACCCUAGCUUCUAAUGCCUGAUUCAGACUAUAGGGCCGACCUGAACCGUACUAUGUUGGUUCAGAUAUUUUUAUUUUCACAUUGUCCUUACCAGCACAGUUCCAGCAACUAGCGUCAAUGUGUAACCAGGCCAACACAGUACAGCUAAGCUUGGCUUGGUUUGGCUAAGUUGUGUGAAAAGGGUAUAAGUGUCUUGGGACAGGGGGUGGGGGUUGUUUCUGGAUAAGGCCUCAGUUUGCAGUUUCAAAACCAACUCGACAAUGGAUUUGUCUGUGUGAUAUUGGGCCUUUAGUCUAAGGCUGCGUUUACACAUGCAGCCCAAUUCUGAGAUUUAUUUUCACUAAUUGGUAUUUUGACCAAUCAGAUCAACUCGGAAAAAGAUCUGAUGUGAUUGGUCAAAAGACCAAUUUGUGGAAAAAAUAUCAGAAUUGGGCUGCCAGUGUAUUACAUGGCUUUAUUUAUCCUCCUGUAAGGUGUUGAAUCUGAUCAGGAUCUGCUCAGACUCAAAACCCAGGGGCAUCAAUCUACAGGAGCUACACAUUAAGCUGGAUUACCUCAGCAUGACUGUCAUCAAGUAACGGAUGCACUUUCUUCACUUUGGUGUGUUUAGUAGGGAGAAAACGUUUUAAAUCGUAGAGAAAUGGAGAGUUCUGGUCUUAAUACUUCUCUUCCCCUUUACUCCAUGCAGCCAGUCCUUGGAGUUUCUAAUCAGCAAAGGCCACAUCUUCUCCACCAUCGAUGACAAGCAUUUCAAGUCCACUACUGGCUAG